AUGGUUCAUGCAAUGGAUCAUCAUUCCUCCUCUCAUCAUCGACCAGCCGUAGGCGAAAAUGGACGAAGUGAAAGCCUUAUAGAUCAUAGCGCGUAUGAAGAAACAUGGAUGAAAAAGAAGAAAGCUACAAAAUUCUUUGCCAGUAUGAUAUCGUGUCUUUACACGUUGAUUGUAGUGAUAUUCUCUGGGAUAAUAGAAGUAUCUCCAGUAUGGCAGACAGAUCUGUGGCUUGGCGAAACGAUUUUCUUCAUCUGUAUGUAUGGCGUUGGUAUUGUAUUCUUGUUGUUCUUAUAUUGUGUCAUGAUAUAUCCACAGCCAAUUAAUUUUUGUACAAAAUUAUUAGCAAAGCGUGGAUGGAUUGACUAUCCAGAAAAAUAUCAUUUGGAACCUGUCAGUCAUAACGGAGAGGGUGCAGGCACCCUUUAUCUCCGAUUAGGAGCUUUAUUCUUCGGAUGUGCUGGAAUUGUUCUCUUCGGCUUAGAAAUAUUCCUCUGUUUCAAGAAUGCUACGUGUAGGAACAUAGUGAUAGCAAAGCACAUUACCGGAUUACUCUUUACUUUCCUGCAAAUGCAUUUUCUAUUCUGUAACACCAAGAUUUCGAUUGUUCGCUUCAAGAGCUUAUGCAAGUUUGGGUUUAUGCAUUUGGUCGCUAUAAACCUGUGGACUUGGUUCCGAUUCGUUCUUGUCAAGCAGACCUUUAAGUCGCAUAAGAAAAUGAAGAAGAAGCACAUGGAGCAAAUGAAAACUGAAGUUUCGUCUUCAUCUUCUUCAUCUUCAAGUGAAGAGUCUGAUAUAUAUUCGAUUGGUCAUGGGUAUCUGUCGGAUGUUGCCAAUGACACUCUGGAGGCAGUCAUCAAAAAAACCAUUUCUUAUGUGAACACGACUGCCACAACGACUCCAGCUUACAGCUUCCAUACGAAGCAGAGGAUGUUUUCAAUGGAAAACUUCGGAGAUUUAGCUACUUUCCUUACAACAUGUUUUGUUGAAUACGCUGUCAUUGGAGCUGCAGUCAUUUUCAUUAUAUGGCGAUCCAUCGAUCAUCCACACCAUGCUCACGGUGAAUCUCAGAAGAAGAGGAAGUAUCGUAUGGGUAUGGACUGUAGCCAUUCUUCUGCUGGAUUGUUCGCCGGAAUAAUGUUCUUCACAGCUGCCCUCGUAUCAAUGGGGGUUUAUACUCUAUUCGAGCAGCAGAAAGAUGCUACCGGAACAAACCUUGUCUUCGGAAUUGUAGAUAUUUGUCUCUUCUCUGUUGCUCUGCUUGCGUGCCUAUUAGGAUUCUAUCAGAUGCGUCGGCUACAGUAUCGCCUGUACGCCCACGGCGAAGUCAUAGACGAAAUUCUGUUGAUUGUUGGUUUAACAGGAGAGAUAACAUACUGUACAAUCGGCAUUGAUGUCUUCAUCAACAAUCGUCGGCAUGUGGCAGAUCAGAAGUCUCUUCUGCCCAUUUUCGUGUUCAUCACUCGUCUUCUGCAAGUAGCCGUACAAACUGUGUUUAUUCUAACUGUAUCAAGAUUACGUUGCUUAUCUACUUUCGCUAUCAAACAUAAGCCUGGUAAACAAGUUAUAACCUUCCUUCUUGUUUGUAAUCUUACCUUAUUCGCUUUCCACACUUUUGAAGCGAUGAAGCAAACUUAUGGAAUUCAAGAUUCCGCCGAUUCAACUUACUUAACGAUUGCUCAAGCUGUGAUGCCCCUUCUCGUUUUCUUCCGCUUUCACAGUUCGGCUUGUUUAGCAGAAAUCUGGAAACACACAUAUAGUAGCAAGGAAGUACCUACUCCGGCUCACUCUCAUGUAUCACAGAGUGUUCCAGCUGGAGAAAAUGGAAGAGCUGGAAGAGACGGCAAGGAAUCAGUUUGCAUACUAUUCUAUCGGUUAGCCGAUGUUUUCCGUAUCAGUACAAUGGUUUGUGUGGANAGAGCCACCUUGGCACGACAUUUCGAGACUGAAUAUGAUCCAGCUUGGUGUGAGAACGGUUGUGAUAACUGCCAAGCUCAGCGAGAGUUUCAGUUUUCUAAUUAUGGUACUCUCACAGAAAUUCAAAUGAGAUUACUCUGCUACUGCUUCUACUCAAGAGAUAUUAUCAUAGCUGACAUACGUGAUCUUACGUAG